AUGGAUUUAUAUCUAGUUACAGGAAAUAAGAAUAAAAAAAUAGAGUUUGAAAAAAUGUUAAAUAAUGAAUUAAAAGUUGGAUAUAUAGAUUUUGACUUAAUUGAAAUUCAGUCAAAUGAUAUAAUAGAAAUAAAUGAGCACAAGGUUAAAAAUGCCUUUGAAAUGUUUAUUGAACAAAAUAUACAAACAGAUAAAAAAAAAAAAAAACUUGUUAUAACAGAAGAUACAGGGUUAUACAUUGAUUGUCUAAAUUCUUUUCCAGGACCAUAUGUCAAAUGGAUGCAAAAGGCAAUUGGAUCAAAAGGAAUUUAUGAAAUUGUUUCAAAAUAUAGUGAUAAUAAAUGUCAUGCUGUUUGCGUUUAUUCUUUUUAUGAUGGAGAAAAUGUACAUUCUUUUAAAGGAGUAACUCAUGGGAAAAUAGUAGAACCUAAAGGAUCAGACAAAUUUAGCUGGGAUAAUAUUUUCGAACCCAAUGAUUAUAAAAAAACAUUUGCUGAAAUGACUUUUUGCGAAAAGAAAGAAAUUUCUCCUCGUUUUAAGGCUUUUGUCCAAUUAAAAGAAUUCUUAUUAAAGGAACUAAAUAAAUACAACACAUAA